AUGUGGAGAACCUUGUUUAAUGGUAACGUGGCCCGACCUAGAGCUCUUGUUACCCUCUGGCUUGCUUGUCAUGAGAGGUUGGCUACUCGCGAUCGUCUUCACAAAUAUGGAGCUAUGGACACAACCCACUACUGCUUCUGCAACACGGAGGAAACACAGCAGCAUCUGAUGUUCAAUUGCAAUGUAACUAAGGAUAUUUGGAGAAAAGUCCUAGAGUGGAUCCAGGUUGAUCACAACCCGUUGGGCUGGCGCCAAGAGAUGGAUUGGAUUACCCAGCAGACAAAGGGUAAGGGAGGUCGUGCUAAGAUCCUAAAAUUGGCUUUCACUGAAAGUGUGUAUGAAGUUUGUAGGUAUAAGAAUGCUACUAGCUUUGGUAAUGCUAUUCUGAACCAACAUACUCAUGAUAAAAUAAUUGACAAUAUAGUGUAUAGAGGUUGGACCAAUAGGAAAUUAAGAACACACAUAGCUAAACUUAUGAUGUAA